AUGUCUUUCAAAGACACCUUCACUAAGGAUGAUCAGAAAGAGGGACUUCUCGGAUACGAUGACACGGCCUUCUACUACUUCUUCAGCAGCGUGCUGGUGACUGUCGCCGUGCCAUGGACAUGCUCAGUCAUUUACAACUUCCUCUUUCCCGGUCAAGCCCAAGUGGAAAAGGAUUUCCCAACCAAAAGCAAAUCUGGAAGUAGAUAUCACUACUGUCAAAGCUCGCAGAUGGUGGACAAGAUAGAAAAGGCCCGCCAAAAGGCGAGGAGAGCAAGUGCAGGCUCGUCGUUCACAAUGAUCAUCAAACUAUCGCUGUUGGCUGGCAUUUGGCUGACUAUAUACCUGAUCCACUUGCAUCUUGGUGAUGCUAAAGAGAUCAAGAGGUUUGAUCCAUUCGAGAUCCUGGAGGUCAGUCCCGGCGCAUCAGCCCCCGAAGUCAAGAAGGCGUACCGACAGCUGUCUCUGAAAUACCACCCGGACAAGAACCCCGAUGAUCCGUUGGCUGCUUCGCGCUUCAUGCAGAUCACGAAGGCGCACAACGCGCUAACAGAUGAGACAGCCAAAGCCAACUACGAGAAGUAUGGCAAUCCGGAUGGUCCGCAGACAUCGAAAGUUGGUAUCGGGCUGCCACGCUUUUUGUUGGAGAAGGAGAAUCAUUUGAUGAUACUUUGUCUCUUCUUCUUUCUGCUGCUCUUUGUCGUGCCUAUGGCAUUUAUCUGCUACUACCAGAGGACGAAAAACUACGCGGCCAACGGCGUCAUGAUAGAGACCCUGCAGUUCAUGGGGUACUAUAUCAACGAGGCCACGAGGCUCAAGAACUGCCCGGAGCUGCUCGCAGCUUCAGCAGAGAGCAGGGGCAUGUCUCUGAGACCAUCAGACAAUGCAGAGAUGAAGACGCUUUCCGCGCAGGUCGUCGAGCACAAGAAGCGUCAGUUUACUGCUCCCAUCAUCAUCAAGAACAACUUCUUGCUUCUCGGCCACAUGCAGCGGCUACACCACCUCAUGUCUGACGACCUCCGAGCAGAUCUGGAUGAGAUGCUGAGGCAUUCGCAGAAGAUUACGCAGGCGAUGAUUGAGAUCGCCUGCAUGCGGGAAUGGUUCUUCACGGCCCAGGCCAUGAUCGAGUUCCGACGCUCCCUCAUACAGGCCUUGGACGUCAAGAGCUCACAGCUCCUUCAAAUCCCUCACUUCAAUGAGGAAAUCCUCAAGCACUGUCUCAAGGGCAAGAAUGCCACUUCGACGCUGCUGGACUACCUGCAAAAAGACCGUGAUCAGAGGAAGGGACUUACCACCAUGUCUCCCGACCAAGUUGCAGAUGUGGAGGCAUUCACUGCUCACGUCAGCAACAUGGAACUGAAGGCCAUCACAGAGGUGGAGGACGAGAAAGACAUUGUUGUUGGCGACAUUGCGACCGUUACCUGCCAACUGACGCGAAAAAAUCUGCAGGAGGGUGAGGCCAUGGGCCCCGUGCAUGCACCGUUCUAUCCUGAGCCCAAAUUCGAAGAAUGGUGGAUCUUCCUGGUGGAGGGUGCGCCAAACACAAGAAUCAUGGGGUUCGAGCGAAUUCGGGACACGGACCGGGUCGUCGAAACCAAACUGCGCUUUCAGGUCUCCCGGCCGGGCAAACACAGCCUCACCGUCCACGCGCUUUGCGAUUCCUACGUGGGCAUCGACCAGAAGGUGGACCUGAACUUUGUUGUGCACACGGAGGAGGAGGUGAAGCGAGAGAUCUUUGUUCAUCCUGAGGAUGAGGAUCUGGAUUUGCAGCCGACUCUGUUUCAACAGUUCAUGGGCGAGCCCGCGCCUGAGAGCUUGCUCGUAGGCACGAGGCCUGACAGGCUGCAAAUCCCAGUGUCUGAGAGGCUCGGAGGUGAUGACGAGAGCGAGGAGGAGGAAGACGAUGACAAGAACAAAGGCAAGAGCAAAGUUGAGAAGCUCAGCGAUGGCAAGCAGCAGAAGGCCUGUUGUCCUCUGUCACGUGCUUGUGCCACGCGUGCUGUGGUCUGCAUCAUGCGAAUCCGCCGCAGGGGGAGGAUAGCGAUUCCAGUGGUAGCGAUUCUGACGGUGACUAGGUGUGAGAUGCAGGGGCUUGAGCCCCGCCCCUCUUUUUGUGAUGUGAACAGACGAAGCACCCUUAGGACCUCUGUUGUCCCAGAGCUGCUUGGCUCUCGAGUAGACUGGCUGGGACGUCUGUCGCAGCUUGUCCGGCCCAUGUCGCAAGUGCACAUGUCCGACAGUGUGUUCUGCCACAGGCACCGCUGGAAGGUUGGGCUAUUGCACGUGAUCGACGAUGCUUGGAAAGCCCAGGCCUUGCCUGAAGACGACUUGGUUCUCCCAGAAGGCCACCAGAUCAAUCUGGAUGAGUCCGACGACAAAACGCCGGAAAUGGAGCGCUCAGAGGAGCGAUGGUGCGAGUUGCCCUUGACACACUUCCUGGAAGAGGAAGCAGAGGUGGCCGUUGAUAGGGGAGCUUCCAGCUUCUAA